UCUUUACCUUUGUGUUUAGAGUGCAUGCAGGAAAAUUUAACAAUAUUUGAAUCACUUCACUUGUAAUGAUGUCAACUAAUGGAAUGAUGGACUCUCCUCCUGGUGUAUCCUUGUUUAAAGACAAUGAUUCCUAUGUCUCCACACCUCCACGCGAACAUAAAGUUCUUCUUUCUCACGAGUCUGUUGACAAGAUAGUACGCCUAUCCCCUGAUUGGUCCUAUGGAAGGUUUAUGAAGAAAGUAGCAUCAUUAUUUCCAGCCUUGAAGAAGAAAUUUACGUUAAUAGAUGCUGAUUUUCAAGAAUUGGAUGAGAAAGGCUUCGCAUCUUUAAAAACAUCUACCAUGAGAGAAACGUGGCUUUUAGUGCGAGAAAGAGAAUCUAAUGAUGAAAGUUCUAAUAGUCAUUCAAUUGUAUUGGAAAAACCACGUUAUGAACUUUUAAAAUAUGACGUUCAUCCCAACGCAUUGACACAAAGUGGUAGCUACCAUUUUUCCGAAUGUUAUCAAGCAUUUUGUGAAUUUAUUGACAAUGCUGUACAAGCAACAAACAGUAAUUCAAGUGCAGAAGGGCGAAAUAUAAACCUGUAUAUAUUCCUAAAACAGAGAAUAGCUUGUAUAUUUGACAAUGGUAGUGGUAUGACAUCUGAAGGGAUGAAAGCAUUCGCAAGUUACUUUCUGUCUCAACAAGAUAGAGGCUUAGAGAAAGAACCAGGCUCAACAUAUGGCUUUAUGGAUGGCAAUAUUUCUAAAUUUGGAGUUGGUGCCACUCAAGCAGGUUUUUAUCUUGGUGAAACAAUCAAAGUGGUCACAAAGAAGACAGAUUCACCAUUUGUGACUGAAAUUUCUAUUUCAAAGAAAAAACUACAUGAGAGAGCAAAAUAUAGUCUGCCUGUUUUUGAAGAUUACAAAUGCAUACGUAGUCCAGGUGACAACCGUACUCUUGAAGAUGAUGAGAAAUGCUUAUCUGAUCUGGUGAAAAUGGAAACAUCUUUCGACCAUUUCUCUAUGGUUAUAAUUAAAGAUGUCCAUUCAAAGCAUGUUGACUACAUGUCCGAGGAUUGUUGUGACGAUCUAGCUAAAAAUUUAGCACAUGUUUAUCAUUAUUAUUUGCACGGUAUACACGGCAGGUUAAACAAAUUGGAGUUUGACCGAAUCACAACCAAUGGUCUUCACCAAAGUACAAAGCAAAACGUAUCAAUCAAAGUAAUAGUUAAUGAACUUGGUGUGUCACCAAAAGAAAUAAUUGUCAAUCAAAUAAAGAAUGAUUUGCAAAGUUUAUAUCAAGCUAAAAUGAAAUCUGUGUUUUCUUUUUGUCUUGAACUCAAACUGGCAGAGAAUAGUACACCACAGGUUGUACAAGGAUGUUUGAUGUACUUUCCCAAUGAAUCUGGAGAGGAGACACUUCCAAAUGCAAAUGAGGAGCAUGUUAACAGCAAUACACCAGAACCUAUGUUUGAAUGUUUUUGGCAAGGACGUUUAGCUCCAUUGUCUUACGUAAAUAGAUUGGAUUUCUGUUUGAAACCAGAAAAUAGAACGAGAAAACAAAAAGAUUUACUGCCUGACAUUUGCUUUAAACGAUUACGUGGCUUGUUGUUUUUUAAUCGAUGUACACCUGUAUCAAAUAACAAAUUAAAGAUUUUGCUCGACACCAGGAGAGAUUUGUCAGAUGCUCUGAGUGAUGCUUCUGCAUCCAGGCGAUUACCACAUGAAUUUCGUCAGUGGCUUGAACAGUGCCACAGAGAGUUUGACUGUGAGAUUAUCUAUGAACAUCCACUACCUGAUGCUCAACAACCACAUGAUGGAAAUAAGUUUUACGCACAAAUUAUUAUGAUAACUAGCUCUGGUAAAGUUGUGUACACAUCAGGUGAUACGGUAAAAAUUGAUACACGACCUGUUCUUUAUGGUCAAGCUAAAUAUUUUAUCAAAAAAGAAAAAGCUACUGAAGUUGGAUCAAUCAUUUUUACUAAACUUCCUGAAGAGGUGUAUGGAGAUAUGUAUGAUGAAAGACCUGUUAUGAGAUUGGCUGGAAAACCAGAUGCUACCAUGCUAAAUAAAGUAUUUAGCGCUGAACGAAUGCUUUUGCCUAAAAUGAUAAGGGUUUACCAAGGUGUCAACAAAACUGAGGAGGUGCCAUCAAAAAUGGAGUUUAGAGCAGGAGAGGAAAUGAAGCAAUACACAAAUUUUUGGGUAUCUGUUUAUAAUGGUGAAAGUCCAGCAAAAGUGAUCACUGAAAUACAUAAGCGAAAGAUAGCAGUGCAAGUGAAAGCUACUGGAAGAAAUCCUUUAACAAAUAGUCUUCCAAUUGAAAACAGAUUUGGAUUCAAAUCAUUUUACUUAGACAAAGUUGGAGUGUAUGAUGUAGUUUUUACUGCGCUGCUUGGUGGAACACCAUGUAAUGUUGAGAAGAAACUGGAGAUAAAUAUGUUGCCAAAUUUUGCAGAAAUUGUCAACCUUUUGGAGAAUUCUCCCGAACUAGUUGGACUGGGAGAGAAAGUAAUAUCUUUUACCUUAUCCUUUCAUGAUGUAUUUGAAAACUACACCACACUGUUCAAAGACAACCAAAAGACUGUCAAAUUAACAUGCUCUUGUGAGCAUUUGAUUAUAAAAGGUUUAAAAGAAUCAUAUAAACCAAACAAAGAUGGGAAACUGACAGUCUCUGGUAUAAGUGUUGAACCAGAGGCUGGAUAUCAGUUAAGUUUAUCCAGAGAUUACGAAUUUUGGGUAGUGGCUGAAGGAAUUGGUGAUGUCAUGUUUCCCUUCAGAUUAAUAACAGGCCCUGCUGAAAAGAUUAAAACCACACAGCUAGAGACACUUGAAUUUGAAAACUACAGUAACUUUCCUGAAUUUGAAGUGAAAAUACUAGAUAAAUGGAACCAGCCAGCCAUUACCCAAGACAAGUCACAUCGUUUAGCACUAACAUGUGAUGCCUUUCCACAGAAGACACUUUUUUCAACUAUUUCUAAUGGAAAAGCCAAAUUUCCAACCAGCGCCAUAAAGGUUGAAGGUUUAAAAAGCAUGGAAACUAGACAAGUUAAGAUAUCACUAGUAGUUUCAGAAACUCACAAAAAGAAAUUGACCAUCAAGAAUGUGUUAAAAGAGUUUUCAGUAGUAAAUAUUAGGGUCACUCCGAGCAACGUUUGUCAAAAAAUCUUAGUGACAGAGAAAGGUAAAGAUGUUGUUCUGGAUGACAAUCACUUCACAACUGAUGCUACAGCAGGAUCAGUAGUAAGACAUUUGAAAGUAGUUGGAUUCAGUGAAAAUGGAAAAAGGUUAACAGAUGAAGAAUUUGUUGCACAAGAACCAAAGGUAUCAGCUACCUGGGCAGAGGUGAACUCAAAAUUAUUGCCUCUAUUACCAGACUGUCCUGUCUCCAAUAUUAUCCAAAUGAAUGUACAUAAUGUGCAGUGCAUUUGUCAUUACAAUGGUUUUGAGAUUCGCAAUGAAGCCAAACUGAGAAUCUCAGUCACUGCUGGAGAACCAAGAAAAUGGUCCUUUCAACCACUUACUCUUCAAGUGGGAUGUGGAAAGAAAAAGAACCUUCGUGAAGCAGUAAAGAUCAUAGUGUUGGAUAGUCAUCACAACCAAACAACACCAAACAGUAAUAUUCUACCUAUCAUUAAUGUUCAACAUAAUGAAAAGAACGAAACUGUUGUGUACAAUGGUGAAGUUGUGUUGGAGAAGAAUGAAUUUAGAUUCACGACAGAUUCCAUUUUAUCUGGACAUGUCGGUCAAGUCACCCUAAGUGUUCAGGAUGAAGAGAAUCGAUUAUCUAAAGACUCCAUAGCAUUACAACUUGACAGUGGACACGCGUCCCAAUUGACACUCACUUGUACAUCAUUUGGUGAAGAACUAACAGAUGAUGGCGAACAUGUGUUGCACAUGCAUUACAAUUCAACAUUACCCUCUCACCUAUUUUGCUCCAUAAGAGAUGAGUUUGGCAACAGCACACCAACUAAGACAGCAGUGGCACUGGUGUGGAAACCAAAAAAUACUGGAAGCGAUUCCAGCAAAAAGUCAAAUGCAAAAGGAGAAGUUAUUUUUCAAUCACAUCAGAUCAAAUGUUUGGCAAAGAGUGGGGAUGUGAGGAUUAAAUUAAGCACACCAGAAGUUACUUCCAUUAAGCCUUCGUGGAUACGAAUCAAAGUGUUACAGUGUAACAAAGUCACGAAAGUCAUUCUUUCCUUUUUGAAUCCUACCAAGGUUACUGCUGCUGAUGGACUACCAGUAAUUUCUAUUUCGCAUGAAACAGAGGAUGGAGUGACAGCUCAAGACUUCAAAAAUAACAUUAGCUUAGACAUAACACACCCUCUUGGAGAUAACAUAGACCCGCUGAAGCUAUAUCCAGUGAAACUACGCACUAUUAAAAAUGGUGUUCUAAUUUGUAAACCAAUUGAAAAAUUCCAAUUGCAGAAGACUGGAACAUGGCGUUUUCAGUGUGAAUACACAGAAAAAAGAUCAGAAAUUGUUAAUAUUGUUAGUAAUGUGCGUCUGAAAAGUGAUGUGUUGCAGCUUCUUGUAUUCGCAGGUCCAGCAGUUAAGUUGUCAUUAAGCAUUAAAGAAGAUACUUGCUUGUUUGCAUCCAGUACCGCAGAUAUUCGUGGUAGAACGCUGUUGCCUAUCCAAACAAAAGGUUCUACCACACAUGCUUCCAUAUUUGCAUCAGAUGUGUUUGGCAAUGCUGUCAGCUAUAAUAAAUUGGUCAAUUUGUGGGUUGAAGCAUGUGAAGCGACGAAAGAUGUGAUCUUGCCUCAACUGGAGAAAAUGUGCACGUCUUUUAUGAUGAAAGGAUUGGAAACUCAUUUGUCACAGAUUUCUUUGAUGGAGAGGAUUGGAAACAAGAUUGGUUUCUACUAUCUUGUUUUCUCUUCACCACCCCUGGAACCGUGCCGAGUGAAGUUUUCUUUCAGCACAAAUGAAGAGUUUGAAAAAGUAUCUCAAGAAUUGGUUCCUUACCAAAGGGAACUUGAAAUAGUUCGUAGAGAACUCAAAGAAAAGCAAGACCUGCAUAUCAUGCGAAAGAAUGAUGUUAAUCGUAUCAAACAAAGCGUACAAACCUUCUUUAGUGGAGCACAACCGAGUGUACAAGAUAUUGAUAUACAGAUUGCAAAAGUGCGAAAUAGCUACUAUGAGGUCGAACUUCGUGAACAACAUUUAAGGCAGGGUAGAAAGGACGCAAACUAUCCACCUUAUAAUGUGCGGCAAUACAUAAAAGGUUUGGUGUGUGAAUUGGCGUAUGUUUCUGAUGAGAAUUUGUGUCGUAUUCUAUCAUGGUAUGCUCAAAGUAAAAUGAAAGUCGCCCUGUGCGAAACGCGAGAACAGCAGCGUAAGGUGUACGAUUUAGGCUGUCCAGCUUACAGUGAGAGUUUAAUUGUUGGUUUUAACAGGAGAGGACAUAAUACGCAAGAUACAGAUCUGUUACCCAUAGAUUUGCCUCGCCCACCCAAUGGUUUUCGCAGUCAAAUCGAUUUUGCUGUUAAUUUACUGGAGUUUACAGAAGAGAACCGUCAUUUGCGUUCGACGUUAUAUUGGUCGGUGUUUAGUCGUACGAUUGUUGUGUCAGACUUAGAACAAGCUCAGCGCUACCGCGAGCAUGUUGUGAAGUUAAAACAACCAUGCCCGGCUAUAUUGACGUUGACCGGUGAUUUGAUAGCCUCGGACGGAUUAAUGGAUCCGUCUCGGAAGUGCCCGCCAAAGAUGACUAUGUUAAGGUACACGUUCGGUGAGUUACCGCUAAAACAACGAAACGAGUUUCAAACAUUGCAAACUAGUUUACAUACUUUAGAGGAACUACGACGAGCAAGGGUUAACGCUGAUGUAGCAGGAGAAACUGUAAAACAAUGUCAAAUAGAACUGCGCCAAAAAGACGCACUCCUAAGUCCGAAAAUACAAGAACUUCAAAAAAGAUUGGACGCAAUUCGCAAAAGCACGGAUGCUAUUCGCAAAAGUACGGAUUUAACCCGAAAAGGCACGGAUUUAACCCGAAAAAGCACGGACUCAACUCGGAAGGCAUAUAGUCCACCAAAAAAGAAAAGGCGAUGAUUUGAUAAUUUUUAGCAGCUAUAAUCUUGUAAAAAAUGAUUGUACUUUUAACUUAUAUUAAGAGAGAACUCGCGGCGUCCCUUUAAA